GAGAGCGGCGAGGGAGCGCGCGAGUUUGCGCAUCUGGUGGCCGAGCAGCUGCGCUCCUCGUCAGCCUGGGCCUCGGGGGAGGUCACUUUCCUUUGGGCCUCUCCCUGGCGUGGGCUGUUUACCCAGCUCCCCAGUAACGCAGCUGGGUCUUUACCGCUGGAAAUAUGGAGAUCAGUGAUGUCUUCUUGUCGCCGUGGAUGCAUCAGCCUCCAGAUGCGGAGGGAAAAAAAAUCAAGAUGUCUCAUUUUUUUUGCCUCGGAGGGCUAUUCUUUCUAACUGUCACCACUAGAACAGUUCUCAGCAGUCCGGGAUGUAUGUCCAAAACCUGUGCCAGGCCCUUGAUAAUUAGUAGGUUGGGUUUGGUGUAUUGUUUGUUGCAAAAAUGAGCGGAAACCUGCCAGGGCAGAUUGGACCUCACUGGGAAUUCAUCAGGACCACGAAGGAAGGAAGCUGAAGUCUUCAGCAGAACCCUGACCUAGGGAGUCUCAAUGGCCCUGGGUGAAGAAAAGGCAGAAGUGGAAGCAUCUGAAGGCACAGGCUGUGGGGAGCAGGAGGUGGACACCCCAGGGCCCAUGAGUGGGGAGCAGCCCCCACACCUGGAAGCUGAGGGAGGGCUCAUCUCCCCUGUAUGGGGGGCAGAGGGGAUACCUGCUCCUGCUUGCUGGGUCGGGACUGACCCUGGCAGCCCCUCUAGAGCCCACCAGCCACAGGCCCGUGACACCAGCAGAGAGCCCAUAGCUGAGAGGCCUGAGCCCGCACAUGGUAGUCUGCCUCCUGCCACCAUGGGGUCUGGAAACCUUCUGCUCCCUGGGGAAAGACAGGUGGAGAAGACCAAGCUUUCUGCCUCCAAAGAGCUCCCUCAGACUCUGAGCCUUCCCAGAACGACAGCUAUUUGCUCAGGACAUGAUGCUGAUACUGAAGAUGAUCCAUCCCCAGUGGAUUCGCCCCAGGCACUGGACCUCAGCCAGCAGCCUCACGGCUCAGGCCUCUCUCGCCUGUCGCAGUGGAAGUCUGUGCUGAGCCCAGGUUCCACUACACCUCAGCCUUCCAGUUGCAGUGUCUCUGCCUCCUCCACGGAAAGCAGUCUCCAGGGUCAGCAAGAGAAGGCAGAGCCUCGUGGUGGUUGUCUGGCCAAUGUCUCCUCCUCCCUGGAACUGGUUGUCCCCCAGGAACCCUCCUCUAUGGUGGGGCUAGGACGUCGGCCCCAGUGGUCACCACAGCCUGUGUUCUCUGGGGGUGAUGCUCCUGGGCUAAGCAGGAGACACCUCUCUUUCCAGGCUGAGUACUGGGCCUGUGUGCUGCCAGAUUCCCUGCCUCCAUCACCCGACCGACACUCUCCUCUCUGGAACCCAAAUAAAGAGUAUGAAGAUUUGCUUGACUAUACUUACCCACUGAGGCCCAGGCCUCAGCUCCCAAAGCACCUUGAUAGCCGUGUGCUGGCUGACCCUGUCCUGCAGGACUCAGGGGUAGACCUGGAUAGCUUCUCUGUCUCUCCAGCAAGCACCCUCAAAUCACCUACUAAUGUCUCCCCCAACUGCCCACCAGCAGAGGCCACUGCCCUGCCAUUUUCUGGGCCCAGAGAGCCAAGCCUUAAGCGGUGGCCCUCUGGUAUACCCCAGAAACAAGGUGGCAUGGGCUUGUCAUCGUUGAGCCAACUUGCAUCUACCCCCAGAGCCCCAGGCAGUAGGGAUGCUUCUUGGGAGCGCAGAGAGCCAGCCCUGAGGGGCACAAAGGACUGGUUGCCUGUGGGCAAGCACCUUGAUACAGCCUCUCCUCACCUAAGGACACGGGACAGAGGGUGGCCCUCGCCCAGACUAGAGAGGGAGAAGAGGACCAGCCAGAGUGCCCAGCGCCCUACCUGCACAGAGUCUAGGUGGAAAUCAGAAGAGGAAGGGGAAAGUGACGAUGAGUAUCUUGCCCUGCCUGCUCGGCUGACACAGGUUUCUAGCCUGGUUUCGUAUCUAGACUCCAUUUCUACCUUGGUUACCCUGCCCACUGGGGAUACCAAGGGGCGGAGUCCCCUGGAAGUGUCAGACAGUGAUGGGCCAACUUCCCUCCCUUCAAGCUCCAGCCAAAGCCAGCUUCCCCCUGGAGCUGCCCUCCGAGGGUCUGGGGAUCCUGAAGGCCAGAACUCCUGUUUCCUGCCCUCCUUCAUUCGUGCCCGGGACUCUGCAAGGGAAGGCAGUCUGGGAAGCAGCCAGGCCCUCAGGGUCUCCUCUGGACUGCUGAAAACACGCCCCUCCUUGCCAGCUAGGUUGGACCGGUGGCCGUUCUCAGACUCAGAAGCUGAAGGGCAGCUUCCCAGGAAAGGAGAACAGGGAAAAGAAUCACUGGUGCAAUGUGUAAAGACAUUUUGCUGUCAGCUGGAAGAGCUGAUCUGCUGGCUGUAUAAUGUCGCAGACGUUACUGACCACAGGACUACAGCCAAGUCCAAUCUUACAGGUCUCAAGUCUUCUCUGCAGCUUUACCGGCAAUUUAAGAAAGAUAUAGAUGAACAUCAGUCUCUGACGGAGAGUGUCUUACAGAAGGGGGAGAUUCUUCUUCAGUGCCUGUUGGAGAAUACCCCAGUUUUAGAGGAUGUCCUUGGGAGGAUCGCAAAGCAGUCUGGUGAGCUGGAGAGCCACGCAGAUCGCCUGUAUGACUCUAUCUUGGCCUCUCUGGACAUGCUGGCUGGCUGCACCCUCAUCCCUCACAAAAAACCCAUGGCAGCAAUGGAGCACCCAUGUGAAGGGGUUUAACCUGGCAUCCUCUCGGGCAAAUGCAAAUGCAACCUGUCAGCCAAACAUAGGCCGGUGAGAAAAAAAAACUUCAAGUCCUUGCAAGACAUUCAACACUGAAGUCAAGGGGGAAAACUUCAAUAUACUAGCUUUAAAAUGCCUUUCUCCUCCCUGAAUGGAGGGCUGUUGAUUUACUAUUUUUAUUUACAAUGAAUCCUUCCAAACUAAGGUUUUCCUUUUGGUGCUUCUCCACAAAGAGUGUGUAGCUUUGCAAUUUUUGAUAAAAUAAGACAUCUUGCCUUCCCCUCUAUCCCAUUAAAAAACAGCAGACAAAGCUCAAACUAUUCCACCUGGUAAGAUCAUUUACUAAGGGCUGGUGGAAGGUUCUGAAUACUCGAUAUUCUCAGGCAUGCAAGAGGACCCAAGGGACUGAAAAAAGCGAAUGGCUGGCCAGAAACCUUGGGUCUUUUCAUAAAAGGAAAUUUGGGCUUGUCAAUCGUCUUUGAAGAUUUAGGUAGAAAGAAGACUUUAACCCUUUGUCUGCAAAAGAAAAAGGGUUAAAUGACUAACACCCUCUGCAGAUUACUUUGGGAGACUAUGACACCUUUUGCCAUCUUCAGGGCUGAUGUCUUUGCUUUCCUGGCUAACCAGUUUUUGAUAAGAAAACGUGUCAGGGACUUGGGGAUCUGCAACCAUGCUUUAGCAUGGCUGUGGAGCUAAUUAUCAAGCUUAAGGCACCUUUGGGAGGACUCAUCCUUUCACACCUAGUCUCCCUUGGAAGAGCAGUUCAGGCUCAGGGAAGGGAAUGGAUAGGAUGACACAGUACAGUACAGAAACUAAAGCUGUCAAUAGUGAAGAAAUUGGGAAUUCUUUGUUGUUUUGGCACUGACUGGUAAGUACUUUGAU